GAUCUCAAAGCAGAACUCUUCCGAAAGCAAGAACAAUUCAAGAAAGAAAAGCUAUUGAAAGAUGCCGGUGUCUUUGCAAGGCCCAAAACUUCUAAUAAGAAACCAAGCAUCUGGACCAAACAAAACACAGGAGUUGCAAAUCGAGCUGAGAAAGACAUUGAGCAAAUGACAGAAGAGGAGGAUAUGUUGGAUAAAUCAAGGAAGAAACUGGAAGAGAAAGCAAAGCUGUAUGAGAAAAUGACAAAAGGCGACUUUCCAGAUGAAGAAACUGAGGAUUUGUACCUAGUGGAUUUCACUCAGAAGAUCAUAGACAAACAGCACGAAGUACAGGAGCUGCAUCAGAGCGAGGCUGCUAGAAAGACUUUAGAAAAAGAAACAGAUGAUGAGGAAACUCAACCUGAAAUGGAAAUACCACCUCCUGAGGACCCAGACGAAGAAUGGGUUGAUUAUGUUGAUUUCUUGGGCCGAUCGAGACGCUGUAUGAAGAAGGAUUUGCCAAGUCUACUUAAAAUGGAUCAGGAACUUCAAGGGAAAAGACAAGGCCUUGAUGGGAAUACUCUGUUAUCUGAAGACAUGAGGAAAGAACUUCAGAGGCAGCAGUGGGAAAAAGAAGAAGAAGAAGCCCUCAGAAAACCCAUGGGACCCAUACACUAUGAGGACAUUAGAGAAAAUGAGGCCAGACAGCUUGGUGUUGGUUACUUUGCCUUUUCUCGUGACAAAGAACUUAGGAAUAAACAACGAGCAACACUGGAUAUGCUAAGAGAGCAGACACUCGAUCAGAGGACUAAACGUGAACAGUUAAAAGAAAAAAGGAAGGCAGCUCUAGAUGCAAGGCUGUCUAAACUUCGAGCACGGAAGAUUAAGAAGUUAAGAGAAGCUGGAUUAGAGGAAGAGGCAGACAGAUUGGAGAACAGAGAAGUGAAAAGUGUUGCUGACGAACCAGAAGCUCCAAGAGUUACUGCAGCAAGUAGAAAGGUAGAGGUUGUCAUCCAGGAGAGAAGAGAUACAAAGCCUGGUGUGCCUUACGUCCGCGAGUGGGAUAAAGGCAAAGAACUGAUGUUUGGACAAUGGUCAAAGAAACAGGAAGAACUCAGAGAUGAGAGAGAUCCAGAAUUUGCGCCUCCUUCUGAUUACUUCAUGGGACAAAAGAAAGAUGAUAAUUACAGAAGUCGGAAUUUGAACAGUCCUGAAACCUCCUCUGAAAAACUGGAAACGGAGACAGCAGCACAAAAGCAACAGGUGCCAUCAGCACAGGCCACCGGCAGCAGCACUGCAGAUGUGCCACCGUCAGCGCGGGCUCACAACAGCGACGUUCAAGAGGAGUCAGCAUCAACAGCGGCCUGUGGCAGUGACACUCGAGAUGCGCCAUCGUCAUCAGAGGGUGACAGCAGCGAUGAUGAGGAUACACUGCCAUCGGCACAGGCUUAUGGCUACGGUGCUGCAGGCGUGCCGCCGUCGAUGCACGCUUACGGCUAUGGCGCUCCACACCUGCUGUCAUCAGUGCCGGCGUACGGCUAUCGCCCUCGGGAGAUGCCGUUCCCAGUGCAGGCGUACGGCUACGGCGCUCGGGGCAUGCUGCCACCCAUGCAGCCUUACGGCUACGGCCCUCAGGAGGUGCCCUUUGCCAUGCAGGGGUACGGCUACGGCACCCAGGAUGUGCCACCAGGAAUGCAGACCUGUGGCUGUGGCACCCAGGAUGUGCCACCAUCAGUGCCGGCCUGUGGCUGCAGCCGCCAGGAUGUGCCACAAGGAAUGCAGACCUGUGGCUGCAGCACCCAGGAUGUGCCACCAUCAGUGCCGGCCUGUGGCUGCAGCAGCCAGGAUGCAGCGUCUUCGGUGCAGACCAACAGCAGUGACACUCAAAAUCAGGAACCACCUUACCAAAGCUUAGAUGAUAUGUUGUCUUAUUACAGACAAGUGACCUGA